AUGACUGCCGUUCAGCUCACCCAACCAGCCCUCGGACUGGAGGCGUCGCACGUCGCCGCGCCUCUCAGUAUCCAUGUGACCAUCGAGAAUGAGCUUGCGUCAGCGAGGUCAGAAUAUGUCAAGAGGCUGCCAGCUUCCAAAGCCCAGCACGAACUGGCGUCUAAAUUUCUGCCAGGCGGCAAUACCCGCAGUGUUUUGUUCAACGAGCCAUUCCCCGUUGUAAUGAGAGAGGGCCGUGGGAACAGGCUAUGGGAUAUCGAUGAGCAUGAAUACCUCGAUCUGGUUGGAGAGCUCACCGCCGGCCUCUAUGGCCACUCCAACCCGAUAUUGAAGGAGACGGUGGUGUCGACCUUGGAAAACACCGGCAUCAGUCUCGGUGCCACCACGAAAGGCGAGUCCAGGCUUGCGGAACUUCUAUGCCAGAGAUUCCCAAGCGUCGAGCGAGUGAGAUUCUGCAAUUCCGGGACGGAGGCGAAUCUCUAUGCGCUCAGCAUUGCAAAGCACGUCACAGGCAAGAAGAAGGCCAUCGUAUUCAAUGGGGGUUACCACGGAGGCCUUCUCAGUUUCGGGCAUGGCGUCUCCGAGAUCAACGUGGAUAAAAAUGACUGGGUGCUUGGUACGUUUAACGAUGUUGAAGGCACGAAGAGCUUGAUCGAAGAUACCCCGGACGUCGCAGCUGUCCUCGUUGAGGCAAUGCAAGGCGCCGGAGGCUGCCUUCCCGCCACCGUUGGGUUCCUGCAGACGAUCCAGGCGACAGCUGAAAAGUGCGGCGUGGUUUUCAUCUUGGACGAGGUCAUGACUUCCAGGUUACAUCCACACGGACUGCAAGGAAAGUUCAACUUGAGGCCAGGCCUCACAACCUUUGGCAAAUACAUUGGCGGUGGCAUGUCGUUUGGCGGAUUUGGCGGCAGAGCAGAUCUUCUAGCCUCCUGCGACCCCAGGCAACCCUCAAGCCUCGUCCAUUCAGGCACGUUCAACAACAAUACACUCUCCAUGAACUGCGGCUUUGUGGGCCUUUCUCAGAUAUACACGCCAGAGGCAGCGACAGAGCUCAACAGCCUUGGAGACUACUUCCGCGAGCGCUUGCAGGAGGUCGCUAAGGGCAGCCAGAUGGUGGUGACUGGGGUUGGGGCAGUGUUGACCGUCCACUUCCAGACGAACGGGGCGGUGCCAGUCUGCGUGGAGGACUUGGAGGCGCACAGCAACGCGCCUCUCAAGAGGCUGUUCUGGUUCUGGUGCUUGUCCAAAGGCUUCUGGAUAACCGAGCGUGGUAUGGUCAGCAUCAUUCUCGGCACGACCAAGGAUGAACUCGACUCUUUCGUGGAGGUGGUUUGCCUUUUUCUCAAGAACUACUCCCACCUCGUAUCGUUGCACUAG